GAGAGGGCGGCGGGAAGAGCCUGGCGGAAGUGUGAAGCGGAAGAGGAGCCGGUGGCGGCGGCGGCAGCAUGAGCAGCUUCGGCGGGGUGAUGCGGGAGUAUCCCCACCUCUCCAUCGACCGCUUCGACCGGGAGAACCUGCGCGCCCGCGCCUAUUUCCUCUCCCACUGCCAUAAGGAUCACAUGAAAGGCCUGAGAGCCCCUUCUAUGAAAAGACGGCUGGCAUGCAGCUUGAAACUCCUCCUGUAUUGCUCUCCUGUGACAAAAGAAUUGCUGCUCUCCAGCCCACGAUACACAUUCUGGGAAAAUUACAUUGUCACCCUGGAAGUUGAAACACCGACUCAAAUUUCUCUAAUUGAGGAAACAUCAGGCGAGAAAGAAGAUAUAGAGGUCACACUUCUGCCAGCCGGUCAUUGUCCAGGAUCAGUGAUGUUUCUCUUCCAAGGGGAAAAUGGGACAGUCUUGUACACGGGGGAUUUCCGACUCGCCAGAGGAGAAGUGGCCCGAAUGGAACUCCUGCAUUCAGGAAGCAGAGUGAAAGACAUCCAGAGUGUCUAUUUAGACACCACAUUCUUUGAUCGAAAAUAUUAUCAAAUACCAAGCCGGGAAGAAUGUAUGAAAGGGCUGAUGGAAUUAGUACGAAGCUGGGUGGCCCAGAGUCCUUAUCACGUGGUCUGGUUGAACUGCAAAGCAGCUUACGGAUAUGAGUAUUUAUUCACAAAUCUCAGCGAAGAGCUUGGGAUCAAGGUGCAUGUGAACAAGUUGGACAUGUUUAAAAACAUGCCAGAAAUCCUCUACCACAUUACCACCAAUCGGCGUACCCAGAUUCAUGCAUGUCGCCAUCCGAGGGAUUACGAAAUGUACCGCGGGAACAGACUGCCGUGUGGAAUGACUUCCCAGAACGGACAUGAGUUGCGUGUUAUCAGUGUCAAGCCAUCCACCAUGUGGUUUGGAGAAAGGACACGGAAAAGCAACGUGAUCAUGAGGGCCGGAAUGAGUUCCUACAGAGCCUGCUUCUCAUUUCACUCGUCUUAUAGCGAGAUCCAAGAUUUCUUGAGCUACAUUUGCCCUGUGAAUGUCUACCCCAAUGUGAUUCCAUUGGGGUCAACUCAGGGCAGACUGGAAGAAAACCUGAAGCCGUUCUGCAGGAAGUACAGACCAAAUAACCAGCCAGCUUAUAAACCUCUUGGCCUGCUGAAGAGACCAAGAGCCUUGGAGCUUCUGGACACCAAUGGUGGUAGUGAUGACGACGAUCUCUUUGAUGCUGGGCUGAUUCCCACAAAUUCCAAGGUUCCAAAACGACUGCCAGGGAUUGGCCCCGGGGAGAGCAAGCCGCUUCCCCCAAAUCAUGAAGAAGACCACAGUCGUAAGGCGUCUCCGGUGCCUACGUCUUUGCAGGUUGAUUUUGUGGAGUGUGAAGAAUCGAAUGGCGAGGAGGAGGAAGAGGAAGAGGAGGAGGAGGAACAACAUGAGAAGGAGACGGCUCUUCCUGGAAGUCCAGUACCAGGGACAGACUUCAUUGAAGCGUUGCAGCACCCUGACAAUCGUGUGGGUUCAACAAGUCCCGGGAAGCAGAGAGAAGACCAACCGCAGGCUAACUCGGAAGUGCCCAAGUGGGAGAGUUUCUUUCGGCGUCCUUCAGAAGACCCCGAGACCUCUGACCACGAGGGCCACCUGCCUUGCACAGGCUCAACCGAGCCCCCUUCUCCCGGCCCCUCCAACGACGAGGACCUGAGCGACUCAACUCACAUCUCUUCUCAGGAUUCCUCUCAGUCCACCCACAUCUCUGAACAGGGCAGCCAAGGGUGGGACAGCCAAGCCGACACCGUCCUCAUUUCCUCCCAGGAGCGAAGGCAUUUCAGGGAGUUCAGCCCUUCCAAGGGAAGGCCCGAAAGGACGGCCACCUGCCUACCUCAUCUCCCGCCAGGAGAGACAAAAAUGGACUCGCCAAACAGCUGGCAAGCUUUCGAUCGGGGUGCCUCUUCUGCAAAGCACGUGCCCUUGGAAGGCGGAGGCAGAUGUUGGGGCGCAGGAGCAGCUCCCAACCAAACCGAACCGGGAGAGGAGAGCACCAAGGCAGAAGGGAGGCCAGAGGUCCAAACGGUUGACUCUCAGAGCUCUUCGGAUUUUGAAGUCCCACCUACUCCCGGGGCCGAGAGUCCCAAACCUCAGCAACUCUGCAGUCUGUACCAAAAGCUGGCAGCUGGAGAAAAUCUCCACUGACCGGCAGGGAGAGAGCGGACCCAGAAACCUCUGCCUCCCUAAAUAGCUUCAAAAUGAUGUUUAAAAUGUUAUGUGUGUGUGUGUGUGUGUGUAUAUAUAUAUAUGUUUUUGUUUUGUAAAAAAGGUAAUACAAAAUGUUUUUGUAUUUUGUACAUAUAAACUAUGUGUGUGUGUAUAUAUGUGUGUAUG